GUCAAGUUCAGUAAUGGCGAAUGUUGUUUUUCUGUUACGUUUUUAAUAUUUUUAUUUUUAUUAAGUGUUCUCGGAUAAUUGCAUAGGUUUCGUUUGAAAAAUGCCUUUAAAACGCGUUUCAAAAAACUCGGGUUCGGCGAGAAAAAUCCAAAGGGUGAGGGUUACAAAAUCUACCGACGAUCAAAGCAAAGAAAAACCUAAAGGAGAGUCGUCUGCCAAAAAGGAUGAAUCAAAGAUGACCCUUUGUACAAUUCCCGCAGUCAAUCCGAGAGCCACAAGAAGACCCGGAAGGCCUCCCAGCGGCAAAUCAUGCAACGUGCCCGUCAGGCAUAGAGAAAUGUCCGCUAAAGUCCGGUCCACAUACAGGAGGAGCUUGGAUCCUUGCGAUAAUUCCAACGACAGCGGCAUAGGUUUCGGCGACCAUCACAUGGACCAUCAUCAGCAUAGUAUCGGUAGCGAAAGAUUAACGUGGACGGGCGAAAGGGCGGAACCAAAAAGGCCUAAACUCGAUAUUAAAUUGGAAAAUGAAGAUCUCAACGAUGGUUAUUGUUUUCCGGAGAGUGUCAGAACCUGUAAAGAUAAUAAUUUAUCGUUAAUCAGAACAGCACCGACCAGUACAGUACCUUCUCUCAGCGUAUCGUCCAAUAGCGGCGGCGCCGUGGGCAGGGCCGUACCCAGAUGCGUUCCUCUGUCGAGCAGACAGCCUUCUUCGGGACCCAUGCCGCUCACCACGCAGCUGAUGAACGCUUCCCGUUACAUGGAAGUAUCCCUGCAAAUCGUCAAGCAACCGGAGCAACAGCACAGGGCCCGUUACCAAACAGAAGGCAGCCGAGGGGCCGUCAAGGAUAGAGAAGGAAACGGUUUUCCCAUCGUACAAUUAGUCGGCUACUUCAAACCCGCCAUACUGCAAGUGUUCAUCGGCACGGACGUGGGCAAAGUGGCGCCGCACAUGUUCUACCAAGCGUGCAAGGUCAGCGGGAAAAACUCGACGCCCUGUUUGGAGAAGAAAAUCGACGGGACGUGCGUCAUCGAGCUGCAACUGGACCCGUCCAAGGACAUGAGCGCCACGUGCGAUUGCGUCGGCAUCCUAAAGGAGAGGAACGUCGACGUCGAACACCGGUUUCCCGACCAGUUGGGUAACAGGAGCAAAAAGAAGUCGACCAGGUGUCGCAUGAUAUUCAGGACGACCAUCACGCUGGACGACGGGGCGCAGGAGACGCUGCAAGUUUGCUCGCAACCUAUCGUUUGCACUCAACCUCCGGGUAUACCAGAAAUUUGCAAAAAGUCAUUGACGUGUUGUCCGGCCACCGGCGGUUUGGAGCUGUUCGUCCUCGGCAAAAAUUUCCUCAAAGACACUAAAGUGAUUUUCCAGCAGUACGAAGAUGGACAGGUCCGUUGGGAGCAAUCCGUUGUUCCGGAUAAGGAAUAUUUACAACAGACGCACUUUGUUUGUGUAGUACCGCCAUAUCGAAGACCUGACAUAACCGAGCCGAUCGCCGAACCGGUACCGGUUAGGUUAUGCGUAGAGUCUAGCGGUAAAAGAUCAGAAACACAUCAGUUUGUAUAUACACCCGUAAACGGGGUGCCGAGCGUUAUGGUGGAGCCGGCGCCGCCCCAGGCCCAGGCGCCCCCGUUUUUCAAGAGCAACUUCUGGCACUCGUCGGUUUCGAUCAGCAAGCGGGAGCAGGACCUCGACAUGAUGCCGCCGCCCGAGUCCAGCAUGGUGCCCAUAUCGACGAGACGGCCGUCCGUCAACAUGCCCUGCACCAGCGACACGCACUCGCCGCCGUUGCACGGCCUCAAGCAGGAGUACAUCGACGAGAGCAGCCAGGGCUCCAUCAUCGAGCAGGAGCGCUACCGGCACCUGUCGGAGAGCUCGCUCGACGUCCAGCACGGCGACUCCAACAUGUCGAUGAUCAACGACAACUCAAUGAUGAGUCACAUGAACGAGAAUUCCAACAUCAGCGUGGGCAACGACGAUCCGGUGUGCAUCAACAGAGCGAAUUCCAUCUGCGAGAAUUCCCUGGAUUGCGCCAACUCGAAUAUGUCGUCGAUGAACGAAGACAGCACUUGCAGCACUGCCAUUAACAUUAACACUACCACGACGCUUUCUACGCUGUUGAGCGAUAAGUCCACGACUAUGGAGAAAGUGAUGGAUUUGCGCAUGAAAAUGCCCAUCGUCACCGUAGCGGAUUUGGUGAAUACCACAGCACCCUCCAUCGCCGCCUUGCAGAGAUUCGGUAUAAUGGAACACCCGACGGCGCCGCUGCCCAACCAGAGCGCCCAGAGCGUGGAGAGCUACCUGAACAAAAUAGAGGCCAAGCCCAGCCUCAUACCCUUGACCAAUCCGACGGGUAUGCUGAUGAAGAACGACCUCAGCCAGAGGUUGACCCAAGCGCAAGGUCUCUUGACUACCAGAGAGCCUAUAUUCCCCAGCACGGCGAGGCCGUUUAUGUCGAGCACCACUCAAAACGAAGCCAUGAAUAUAGUGGCUAAAUCCGAGAGC